AUAUACAAAGUAUAACAUAUUAUAUUGUUAAACGAAUCACCUUCAAACGUAGUUAACAGCAAGAGAUAAAAAACUAUAAAAGAAAAUUACUAGUUCAUAAAUUCUGAUACUCGAAUCGAUCUCGAACAAGUUAGUAUACAGUUCUAUCUGAUAGCUUUUAGGUCGUCACAGUCAAAGUACAUUCUCUUCACAACGCAUGUGAUAGAUAUAUCUAUUGAGGCGGUAUAAAUAUUAAAAAUGGUCGACAUAAUUAAUCUUGAUGAACCCCGAUGGGAUCAGACUCAAUAUUGGGGCCGUGCUAAAUAUUUUUUUACCACUACUAAUCCAUUAAAUAUCUUCAAGUCUAAUGCUGAAUUGGAAAGAUGUAAACACAUUGUUGACACAUACAAAAAAGAAAAUCGUAUAAUCGAUGGUUUAACAUUAAAAGAUCUUUAUAAAGCUAAAGAUGUAGUUGACUCUGCAUAUCACCCAGAAACUGGAGAGAAAAUGAUCAUUUUUGGAAGAAUGUCUGCCCAAGUACCAAUGAACAUGAUUAUAACUGGCUGUAUGAUAACGUUUUAUAAAUCAACACCAGCUGUUAUAUUUUGGCAAUGGGCUAAUCAGUCAUUCAAUUCUCUAGUUAACUAUACAAAUCGCAGUGGUAAUUCAUCCAUGUCUAUAGAUGAAGUAUCCAAAUCAUAUUUGUUAGCUACAAGUGGUGCUUUGGUUACAGCUCUGAGUUUAAAUAAGCUAGUAAAAAGGUUACCAACUGUUAUUGGACGAUUUGUUCCAUUUGCGGCUGUUGCUGCAGCUAAUUGUAUAAAUAUUCCUUUAAUGAGGAAGAAAGAAUUAAAUAAUGGUAUAGAAGUAUACGAUGAGAAUAAACAAUUUCUUGGAUCAUCUCAAUCGGCUGCGUACCGUGGUAUUGGGGCAGUAGUGUUUAGCCGUAUUGUGAUGGCUUCUCCGGGAAUGAUUGUAACGCCAGUAAUAAUGGAAGCGAUAGAAAGAAAAGGGUUAAUAAAGAAUUUUAAAUGGGCAUCGGCACCAAUACAAACUAUUUUAUGCGGAAUCAUUUUAACAUUUUCUACUCCUCUGUGCUGUGCUCUGUUUCCACAAAUAUCACCAAUCUCAAUUGAAAAACUUGAACCAGAGUUACAAAGUGCUGCAGCAAAAUGUAAUUCACGGACAGGUUUUUACAAUAAAGGUCUCUGAUAAAAUGUUAUAUAUUAAAAAUCUUAAUGUCAAUUAUUCUGCUCAAAAAUGUAAUAAUAAUAAUAAUAAAAAUUAAGAUCGUAAUGCUUGUUAUUCUAAUAAAUAUUACUUGAUUUAAAUAUUUGUAAA